CCGAUGAAAUGUCUGCGGUGGCGAUCAAAUCGCCAUCGAAUCUAUCUUCUGGUGGCUUGUGGAGCAUUAUUUCUGCUCAAUAGGCACCUGACACAGGAAGAGUCAAGAAUUGAUGAAGAAGAUGAAGAGCUCACACAGGUUGAUGUGAACGAGGAUGAUAAGAAAAUCGAAUGUGAACCACCUGGAUCAAUUGAAUCAAAAUGUAUAGCAGACAAUGGAAAAUCAAUGAAAUGUUGGAAAGAUGAAGAAGAUGUUUAUUUUCCUGUUUCUUAUCUCAAAAAACGAUUCGAUAUGACUGGAAAAUUGGGAAAAGAUGGUUCAACAUUUGAAUUAUACACUUCUUAUGCAAAAAUGAGAAGUCCUGAUUCGACAUACGAUCCUCUUGGUCCAUUUGGACAUUUUUCGACGUAUAGUGUGGAAACUAGAGAUCGUGUACGAUGUGUCAGCGCGAAAACCGAUGUUCCAAUGUCAACACAGUGGGAUCCAAUUCCAUACUACUACCCCAUUCAAAUAUCCCAAUACGGACUACAACAUUAUAGUAGAAUGAAGCUUGAUUCAAUAUCCAAUAAAUCUGAAGCUUCUCCGAAAGAUGACGUCAUUCUGGGAGUAAAUUCAAAAGAAUGGAAAGGAGCUGCUGGAAUGCAUGAAACAACUGAACGAUUGUUUUUUAAUGAUGAACAAAUGGGAAAAGUUGUGAAUAUAAGUGCUGGAGCUGCCCUUGCAAAUGCCGGAGCAUAUGUAUAUCUCGACAAAUCACCGGAUCUUCAUGUAAUUUCAUUUGAUUGGAAACCGUAUGAGGCGAAUUCUUCGUUCACUGUAUUGGCGAAAAUGAAGCAAGACGAUCUUCUUGUUCUGAUCAACUAUGUCUACUCGGAAGGAAACGGGAAAUGUGUAUGGCAAGAGGAAGAACGUAUUUCUGAUGAUUAUAUAGUUCAAAAACCAAAAAAAGAUGGACAAGUAUCAUAUUCGUAUUCUUAUAUUGGAAAUUCACCAAUUGGAGAAUGGUCUACAGUAACACGUGAUCUUCUUGUCGACGUGGCAAGAGCAUUAUCCAGUGGAGAUAAUAGGAAGAAAGAUGAUAAUGUCGUUUUGCAUGCGGGAGAUCUUCGUCUAGUUUCUCUUGGAUUCCGCGGUGAGCUCACCGUAAAGCAAAAAAUAACACAACGACGUGAACAACAUUCUCAUGCAUUCUAUGCGGCAGCUGAUUGGUUGGUAAAGAAUCAAAAUGAUCGAGGAGGAUGGUCGGUUCCUGUGGAAAGAUCAAUUGCCGAGAGAAAGUUGGUUUUACCACCCGGAUGGCACAGUGCUAUGGCUCAAGGACACGGAAUAUCAGUUCUAACUCGUGCAUUCAAACAUUUCAACGAUGAAAAAUAUUUGAAAUCUGCAGCAAAAGCUCUGAAACUAUUCAAAAUUAACUCAUCAGACGGCGGUGUUCGUGGAGAAUUUUUUGGAAAUAUUUGGUAUGAGGAAUAUCCAACAACACCGGGAUCUUUUGUGCUCAAUGGAUUCCUUUAUUCACUUAUUGGACUUUAUGAUCUUUCACAAUUGGAAUUGAUGAUUGAUGAAAAUGAUGAAACAAUGCGGGCGAAAAUUCAAGAGGCACAAGAAUUAUAUUCAGCAGGUGUCCGAUCACUGAAACAACUUCUCCCUUUAUAUGAUACUGGUAGUGGAACGAUUUAUGAUCUUCGUCACGUUGCUUUGGGAACUGCACCGAAUCUUGCAAGAUGGGAUUAUCAUGCUGUACAUGUGUACUUAUUGAAAUGGAUUGCUGGAAUUGAAAAAGAUGAAGUUUUGAGUAAAACAGCAGAUCGAUGGAUUGGAUACGCGUAUGGAAAACGGGCAAAACAUAAUUAAUUAUCAUAGAUCAUCAUGACACCGGGUACUACUUCUCUUCAUCCUCUCGCUCCCAUACCGCCACUCGCUGCCAUAUUCAUUUUCUGUUCAAUUUAUAAUCCUGCCUCCUGCCCCAUCGAAUUAUUGCACUGUAACUGUUAUGCGCAUAUUUUAUGAAAUUCUCUUAUAUCAUGUUUUUUUUCCAAUUUUAACCCUUUCUUCUUACCUUCUUUGUCACAUUUUUGAAUUUUUUCAUAGUUUUUCUGUGCUAUAUUUCUUUCCACGUUUUGAUUGUUUUUCAUUGUCCCAUUCUCUCUUUGUACACGAUCUCCAAUAUAUAGAUUCAUAUAAAAUAAUUGCUUUUU